UAUGCAGAGAAAUUACAUCAACAUUUAGCAUUUAAGUUUUCCAUGCCACAAAUUAUAGAAAUGUUUCAAAUGGAGUGGCAUGAAUACAUACUUAAAUUGAAAAGAGUAAUAAACUGCCAUUAGUCCACUUGUUAAAGUACGUUAUAAUAUUAGUAUAUCAAUUAUAAAUUAUAAUUAUAUCUUUCUAGCAAAUUGGAGGUGAAAUGUGGUCAUUAACACAAACUGUUGCUAUUUUUAUAAAUAAUAAAUUCCUUGGUAAUGAUAUGCAAUUCUUGCACUAUAUAAGUCAGGAUUAUAUUUUUAGCUUACCUGUUGGUGUAGAAUAUUAUGAAAAUCUUGCUGCAGAACAAUGCAAAAAAUUUAUGGAAAAAUCUAAAAGAAAAUAUGUUUAUUUCACAUUUUCUAUAGAUGAUACACCUAUUGGUUCAUUUGUGUUUAUGCUAUAUUCUGAUUUGUUGCCAUUAACUUGUCAAUAUUUUUUAAAUCUUUGCACUGGAUAUGAUGAAGUAAAAGAAUGUUACAAAGAUGCUUAUUAUAUAAAUACAUGUUUGCAUCGCAUAGUUAAAGAUGGAUGGCUCCAAUGUGGAGGUAUAGGAGGAUUUGAACCAUUUCAAUCGGAUAAAAAUAAUGCUGCUGACGUUACAAUACCUGAUGAAUCUUAUUGUGUUCCUCAUGAUCGUCGAGGAGUUCUUUCAAUGACAAAUGAUGGCAAACAUUGUAAUGGAUCACAAUUUGUUGUAUGUUUAAAACCAAAUCCUUGGAUGAAUCAUUUUUAUGUUGCUUUUGGAAACAUCAACCACCAGCAAGUAUAGAAGGAGAAGAUGUAAAAAUCACUGAUACUGCAUUUGAUUUUUACUCUAUUACACCAUGGCUUGAUAAUAUUGUGGAUAGUAUAGAUAUUCGCGAUACUGAAUCGCU